UGGCGGCAUGGUGUUAUGACGGAGAAGCAUAUCGAAACAAAUAACAUGUAGUGAUUCUGAGGGUGCAUCUUCUUCGUGGCGGGUUUUAGCCCGCGAGAUAUUUCCACAUAACCCACAGUACUACAUUGCACAUUUGGUUCCAAGUGAGAGAGACACUAAGAAUGGCGGCAGUGGAAUUAUUGCCACCGACCCGGAGUCACAUCAAUGAUUUUUUGCGUGGUGAUCAACUCAGUACCAAAUUCCACGAACUGUUCGAUUCCAAGGAGGAAGCUCAAAAGAAGAAAAAUGAUAAGAAGAAAACAAAGAAAAAACCAAAGCCCAAGGCAAAGGAGAAAAAGAAUAAGAGAGACAAAAGUCCAGAGGUGUCCGAGGCUGUGUUGCCCAUUGUGGAGGUGGCGGGAAACCCCUCUUCUUUUAAUGUGUACGCCCACGUACGUCAGACAGUACUGGAACAGUGUAUGAAGGAUGCAGCCAAGGUUUACCAGAAGGGGGUCAGUGUUCAAGUGUCAGACACCGAUACGGAAGAGGAAGUGGAGGACAAGAGCAAAGAACCGACCAUUAAAAUACCUAAGAUUGUUGGGAUCGGUUUGAAUGGUGUGUUUGAGCUGAUCAAGGAGACAUGUCAUGGUUUUCCAGAGCUGUGUGUGAAAGCCCUGCAGGCUCUGUUAGACAUGUUACAGGGCCAGCAGCCUGAAAGUAUGAAGUCAGAACCUGCUGAUGUUAUUGAUUCCAUGUAUCACCUGUUAAUAGACAUAGCCAAAGGUCAGAUUCCCGAAGCAUCUCAGAGCCAUCAGGGGAAGUCACUCUCUUCUCUGGCCUGUGCCACCCUGCUCAGCUUAGUGAUAGCACGAGGAGACACAGGCAAGCUGCUGACAGCAAUCGCUGCCAUGCUGAUGAGUCCUGCUACUCUCGCCACUCAAGAAAUGCAGGUUCCAUUCAUUCUCACAUCACUUCAGAGGAGUAUCCAGGCAGUCUUACUGGGUAAAACUCAGCUGCCUGAUUGGCUGGGCUGUGGAGUGAAACAAAAAGCUUUACGAGAUACGUUCAAGCUGAAGGAUUUUGAACCAGUGUCUUCGUCUUGUGCCAUAGCCAGUGAUGGUAGUCACCUCUACGUCCAUAACAAGCUAGGCUUGUAUAAAAUAGGAACAGGAUAUGGGGGAACAGUGAGGGGUCAUGUCUAUGCAAUGAAGAAAGAUUUCUACAACAGUGCUAAGAGCUGGCUGUCAUUUGCUGCCGGUAAAAUGUAUUUCAAAGACUUGGCUAGCGCUGACGGGGAACUCAAAGUGAUUUGUACAGAAACGCUGGAGACAAUCAGUACAGCAAAUGUAGAAGGUGGUGUAUCGUGUUCUAAUGUACUGUUCAGUGACGGAGAACAUAUAGGACAGGUAGCUGCAGCUAAAGAUGAUAGUUUUGUGGUGAGGACGUACAGCCCAGAUAUGGACCUAAUGACCGUGUCCAGCGAGGUCCCACUGAAACUGGCCAGAAAGUGCCUGGAUACCUUUGGAUCAUCUCCCAUCGAUGACCAAGUUGAUAUCCAUGCCAUAAGCACAGGCUACGAAGAGGACAUCAGCAGUAUAGCAGCUGGGAAAGAGUUUGCUCUUAUCAAAACUGUCAGUGGAAAGGUUUUAUAUUCUGGAAAGUCUCAAAGCCUUGGAAUAAAGCAGGGCGGGCCGUCCCAGGGGAAGUGGGCGGAGUUAUCCAUCACAAAGUCACCUAAGAUUAGCCAGAUAGCUGUGGGUCACGAGGGACAGCACGCACUCUUGGUGGCUGAUGACGGCAGUGUGUUCUUUGUGGGUACUCCCAAACGGGGAGAGGAUGGAGACUCCAGUGUGUUGAAGGCCAGACGGCAGCCCAAACCACUAAAGCCCAAGAAGAUGAUUAAAGUGGAGACAAAGUUUAUUGUGUAUGCCAGCUGUAAUAAUGGUACUAGUGCUGUGGUAAGCCGAGAGGGAGAGGUGUUCAUGUAUGGGAAAGACACUGCCCACUGUGAUCAUGCCAGCGGUCAGGUGAUGGACCUGAAGAACUUUGUCAUCACCCAGGUGUCUCUGGGCAAAGCCCAUGCUGCCGUCCUCUCCAGUAAAGGCAGGGUCUACACCUAUGGUAUCAACAACAAAGGCCAGUGUGGACGAGACUACAACCCUGGUGCCAGUAGAGAAGCUGCCAACACGAUUGUAAAUAUGGUAGAUGAAGAGGAAGAGAAUGAAACAGAAGAUGUGCUGUGUGCUCCAGGUAAACACAAGUGGAAGACUAACCAGUGUAUGGUGUGUACAGUGUGUGGAGAGUGCACGGGAUACGGGAACAGGUGUAUCAACAGUGGCAGCUCGGAGAGGAACCCGGGCAUGCCUUGUCUGUGCGGUGCUGGGGACUCUGGCUGUUCAGAGUGCGGCUGCUGUAAGACGUGCGCUGGGGAACAGGAAAGAGAAUUGAUUGACCAGCUGUACAAGACUAAAGACCUCAACUUCCUGGAUCUGGUUCUCUCUGGACGACCAGGUGCUCAACAACUAGAUCAACUCAGCAAGAAACUAGAACAGAAAAAGAAAACUGCAAGAUUCAAGGUGUUCCUGAACUCCAUCAGACCAUCCAAGUCCAACCGAGUUGAGGUGAAUGAAGCAGAGCCCGAGUACUCCAAACUGACGAGUCUGGCCCCAGCGGAAAUCCUGGUGGGCAAUGGGGAUGUCCAGGUCACACAGAUAGCCUGUGGAUUACAUCAUACAGUGCUACUGUUACAAAAUGGCACCGUGUACACAUUUGGCAGUAAUCAGUAUGGUCAGCUUGGUUUGGGAGACACUCUGGUCAGGGGCGUGCCCACCAGGGUGUCUCUGCCUUCACAAGCCGUACAGGUUGCUGCUGGCAGUAACCACACCGUUAUUCUGCUGGCCAAUGGCCAAGUACUUACCUGUGGCAAUUUUCAGAAAGGCUCUUUGGGUAGAGUAGGACAGGAAGAAGGAGCCAGUAAUAUGGGCGCUAGAGAGAAGAAAGCUACAUGGUUCACAGUGCCAGGGGUUGUCCCAGGGAUAGGUGCGAUGUUUGGAAGGAGAGCGACGUGGAUUGGAGCAAGUGGAGACCAGACAUUCCUCAGGGUUGACGAAUCCUUGAUUAAUGCGCAUACCCUCGCCAAAUCCAACGUGUUCGCAAAUCAGUCCUGUAUAGGUCUGAUCCCAACUGGAGAGGAAGGUGGGUACACCAUCAGAUGCCUAGUCAUCAACAAACAGGACGGCAGCUGUAAGAGUUUCAGUGGAGCAGACCAAGUUGACUUAGCUAAUCAUGCAACCUGUUUGGACCCAGCUUAUGAUGUGCUCUGGAGUUACUGUCCAGGCAGCCAUGAGGUCAGCUGUUACAAUGUAGUAUCGUCUGAAGCUGCCAAUCUUAAGGCCAUUGACUCCACCUACAGCGACAUUUUCUGCCCGGAGUUAGCGAUCCCUCUCCGUCAUGGCUCUCAGGCUACACGCUCACACUGCGCUCUUCAUGUGCUCGCCUGUAUGGACACGCACACCACUUCCCAGCAAUUAAACAUGGCCAUCUACGAGGAGGAAAGAGAAAAACAGAUCACAGCUAAAGUGUUCUCAAAAGAGGAUUUCCUGGUUGUCAACAGAUUCGAAAGCCACGGUGGAGGAUGGGGAUACUCAGGGCACUCUAUAGAAGCUAUCCGCUUCAUGGCCGACGCUGAUGUGUUACUGGGUGGUUUCGGGCUGUUUGGUGGGCGCGGAGAGUAUUAUGGCAGAAUAAAGGUAUUUGAUCUGGGUCCCGAUGGCGGAGAGAAUGAGGCUGACGGAGAACUGCUGGCCGAGACGGAGGAGAUGCCGUAUGAGUGUGGAGCAAGGGAGAAGUAUGCCAUGUUGUUUGAUGAGCCAGUCACCCUACAGGCCCACACCUGGUAUGUCGCCUGGGCCAGGAUAUCGGGACCCAGCAGCGACUGUGGCUCCAGCGGCCAGUCCACAGUCACCACAGAUGACCAAGUGGUGUUCAAAUUCAAGAGUUCCAAGAAGUCAAACAAUGGUACAGAUGUGAAUGCAGGGCAGAUACCUCAGAUUCUCUACAGAUUGCCCACACAUGACAACCCCAGUGGAGUGAGAAAGUCUGAUCAGGCAGAACCUGCCCACAUUCUCAGUCCAGAAUUCUCCAGGGCGGUCUCCACGACGUGUUUCGAGUCUCUGUUGAUGCUGCUUCGCUGGAGCUGGAAGACGUUCACUGCUGGGAUCCAGGAGGUUGAUGAACUGAAAGGUAUCCACAGGAAAGCAGGAGUAUCCGAUCUGGAGCGGCUCGUCUACAUCAGCACUUCCUCCUUACGCCUGCUCCGCAUCUAUAUCACAGAAGUUUACCCUGCAGGAGGAAGCCCUGGGAAGCUGCCAGUGGAGACUGUGAAGCUUGCAGAGUGUGUGGGUAACACACGUGACCUGUUACGUGAGAUUCUCUCUGACUGCACCUCCCAGCCUGUAUUCCGGGUAUUCAUGUCACCUGCCAACGCCUCCGCAGAGUAUUUGCACCUGCAGGAGGAAAUCCUGGUGGAGUGUCACCGCACCUUCACUGCCUGCUUCCACGCCUUCUACCCCACGGAGAGCCUUAAGUGGAUCUGUUUGUGUGACCUGCUCAACCUCAUGGAACCGGGCCUGCCUAAUAUGGAUGGAUACGGGAGAUUGUUGGCGGCCAUCAUGGAGGCCAUGUGUCACCCAUCGGUUAAGCUGACCAACAUCUUCCCAAUCAACUGCGAACAUGAGACUGAGGAGCUGUUGAGGAGGCAGUCUGUCAGCAUUGAUGACAACACCAACAGUGCGGCCAGGCUGGGGGACUCACAUCAGUACCCCAUACUUGUUAGUCACAUGAUGUGUAGGACUGGUUCUGAGAACAGUGUGGUGGCCCACUGCAGCUUUAAGGAGAUCCUGGACCGCCUGCUGACCAUCGUCACCCUGCCUGUACGACAGGAGAUGAUGGGGGAAUCCCCUAUCUACCCAAGCCUCCUAGUGGCCAACACUUGCUCCCUGCUGGCUACCAUCGUUAGUGAACUCGCCUCAGCGGCUCUGGGUUCAGAGACUGAGGGGAUGACAACCACGAGGCCAAUGUUGACUACUCCUAAUCGGUUCACACGGACCAGCCAAAGUGCUUACUGGAACACUGGGAACGGUAGCCCGGACUCUGUGGCCUUUAGCGUGGAUCGCCCAGGGGUGGUGAUAGCGGGCGUGUGCGUCUAUGGGGGCACGGGACAGUACGACUACGAGCUGGAGCUCCUAGAUGAGAAUGAGGGACAAGGAGACACCUCUCACUCCCAGAGAUGGAACAGCCUGGAGCUAGCUAAGGGCACCUAUGGGGUGGAUUCCCUCAAUGAGGUGGCCGAGAUAAAGUUUGACAGGCCUGUACCAAUCAAAGAAAAUACAAAGUACGCGAUCCGCAUGCGGAAUCAUGGGCCCCGUACACUGAACGGUGAUGGAGGGGUCAGCAAGGUCAAGUGUCCAGACGGGACAACAUUCACUUUUUCCGCCUGUUCACUCAGUAUUAAUGGUACCAGCCACAUAAGGGGACAGAUCCCUCAAAUACUCUACUACAGUGCCCCACAGGAUGGGGAGAACCAUGUACAGAACAACAAAGCCCUGGCAGAACAGCAGUCUCGUAAAAAUGCCAUCAGUAUCGCCAGCUCAAUCAGCAGGACGGCCAAGGACCUGUUACAGAGAGCACAAGCUCAUCUCAAUGAGGACAUACACACUAUCGUGGGCAAGUCCCACCUGUUCUCCUCUCUCCUCCCUCUUACCUUGGCUUACAUUGGACCAGUGGCUGCCCAAGACUCGAGGAGUGCUGUACAGGUGCUGGCUCUGGUGCAGGAUGUCUUACCUGCUGUCUCCCUCAUGAACAGUGAACUGACCCCACACAUCCCCAUCGUCAACAUGAACAUAAACCUGAAUGCUAACGAGGCGGGACAGUCCGGGGAUUUCACUACCUCCACACACUUCGCCGUCGUAGAGAGUGAUCAUCCCUACAAACCGGCCACAGUGGCCAAUUAUAAGGUGACAUUCCCAGAGAAUGUGAAGUGGUUGGUGUUGGAGUUUGACCCGUUGUGUGGCACAGCUCAGGCCGAGGAUUCUCUCCAGCUGUAUGUCCCUGCCUUAACCAGACACAGAUCUGUCCAAAGCAAACCCAGCUCCAUGGCCGACAAGGACGAUGCCAUUAUGAAGCUCACACACUGGCCUGUCCUCAAGAAGUUCAGUGGCCUCCACAACUGGCCAAAACAGUCAGUCGUUCUACCAGGUAACAGCAUGAUAUUUUCACUUGAAACGGCCUCAGACUAUGUGAAGGAUGACAAGUCCUGUUUCUAUGGUUUUAAGUGUUCGGUUGUCGGAUACGAGUGGACAUACGGCCAGAAUGAGGGAAUACAGCACCUGGAGAAAGAGUUGUCUUUCCUUGGAGGGAUGUGUGCCUCAUCAUUAAUGAGGCAGGAUGUGUCGCUGCCCCCUGCAUCCCUGGAGGAGAUUGAUGAGGACAUGGAUCAGAUUGAGGAGGGGGCUCAGAUGGUUUUCUCUGCCCACUCUAACCUCCUUAGUCAGGGCUUUGCCCUCUCUAAUCCACCCACCAUAGGGCAGGCCCUGGAAGGAAACCUUCCCUUCUGUUGGCAGUCCAAUGAGAGAGCCUUCCUGAAGGACUUCGUGUCCUGUACAGCGGGUACGAGUGGUGGGAGACUGGCCAGGUGGCUUCAGCCAGACUCAUAUCUGGACCCCAAACAGUGUGACAUCCUGUACAGUAAGGACGAGCUGAAAUGUAGCUGGCCAGUGGUCAUUACCGUCCAGACCAAAGACCAGUACGGCCAUCUUGUCAACGUCCCCAAUCUCAGGGUGGACGUGAAGGCAGUUCCUGUAGACCAGAAGGACAGCGAUGACAACAAGAAGAUUCGUCGUCUCAGUCGCCCUGAUGAUGGGGACCUGACCUUCGGGGGUCACCCCCCACCUUGUAUAGAUAUCCCUUAUCAAGUCACUGUCAAGGACAAGAAGGACGCUUUCUAUGCUAUCAGUAUGAUGAAGGCUUAUGAGAACUACUCCUUUGAGGAGCUGCGAUAUGCUGCCCCGUCCUUACCCCGACCCUCAGAGAACAUGCUGGUUAGAGCCAACAACGACGGAACGUACAGUGCUAACUGGACACCAGGCAGUAUAGGAUUCUACAACAUCUAUGUCACCAUCGACGGCUUUGAAGCAGGUGAUGUGUACAAAGUUGAAGUGAAGGAACCACCUCAGGGAAUGACACCCCCAACCAUGGGGAACAAGAAGUUACAUCAGCCUAACAAGAUCCGCAAGUUUAUAGGCAAACACAGUGCGGGGUUACGUAUCCGUAGCAACCCCUCGUUACAGAGCGAGCAGACCGGGGUGAUAGCUCCUGGAGGUAUUAUAGGCUUUGUGGAUGAGGUUCACAAUGACGAUGGAGUGUGGGUUAGAUUGAAUGUAGAGAGUAUAGGCAAGUGGUGUUCUAAUGGCUACACAGAGGGCUGGGCUCUACAGUACAACCAACAUUUGGGCAAGACCCUGCUCGUGCCCGUCGAGGAACCCAAGUCUAUUGAGGACCUGAAAGAAGACACUCACCCCAAACUGCCUGAUGUGGUCAGGGAUAACAGACAAGCCAAAAAGGGUGGGCCAGGUGUAUAUUACCUAAUCAGGUGUGGCUCGUCAGGACAUAACAUCAGGUGUGGACCCAACAGGAAGGCUCGCCCUAUAGGCAUGCUCGUCCUGGGCAACUCAGUUACCGCAACAGAAGAUUUACAAAAUGCGGAUGGGACAUGGGUGAAGCUCGACCUGGAGACGGUGGAGCACUACUGUCACGAGACUGAGGGUGAGGCGUGGUCUCUUUCCCGGGGUCCUGACGGAAUGGUGUACCUACAGCACGAGGCGGACCUGGUAGCCACGCCAGACGUGCCCCAAACCUUACCUUUCUCCAUGGGCAUGUUCCCAGGGGCUGCUGCCUCUCCUUCCCAGAAGGGCUAUGAUUUCACCUCUGCCCAACAUCACCCAACUUUCUCUGUGUUUGGACCCAGUGUCGAAGGUCCAAUGUUUGGGAGGCGGGCCACCUUACCAGCUAAUCUUGUUGUAUUCGGUCAGUAUGGCUGGCCAGGCAUGCAAGGCCAGUUGCCGCUCUUCCCAGCCUUUGGUGACAGCUCUGGUGCAUCCGGACCCACGUUUGCUUUCUCAUCGCAUGGUGGAGGUGUUCCUGGGGUCAACUUCUUCCACCAGAAAAUGUCCCGGGGUUCGGAAGGCUCCAUCACCCCGUUAACAAAGCAUAACCAUCCCAAGGUCCCGGUGAGGGCAGCCACGAUGGGCUCGUAUGCUCCGCAGCAGGAGAAGAUGUUUGAGAGGAAAGACAUCCCACCUGAGCUGCAGGGGGUCUCAGUGAAGGAACUGGUCAAAGCUUUAGGUGAGAGUAGAGCCAAUGCUAACGGGCCCACCCCUGUCCCCUCACCCCCAGGAACACCCAAAAAGUCACUGUCACGAAGCUCCAGUCCUAAGCCAGAUCUAGAUGGCAGCAAGCGCUCCUCUCCACGACCUGACAGCCCCCAGAGGUCAGAUUCCCCGGGGAGCAAAUCACUGUCCCAGCGCUCCGACUCCCCCUGUGGCAGUGUCUCGUCCAAGUCUGACUCUCCAGGGAGGAUUGUCUUACAGAGAGCAGAUUCCCCAGGGCGGGGCUUCCUCCAGCGCCCUGACUCCCCCGGCAGAAGUAAUGCCCCACCGCGCCCAGAGCGGACAGACAAACUAGGCAAACCGGACCGCCCAGCCAGAGCUGUCAACGCCAACAACCCAGCCCAGUUUAACCGCCCCGACCGGCCCAACGCCAACUAUCAUGAUCGCAUGGACCGCAUCAUCAUGAACAAUUUCGACCGUCAUGACAGAGACAUGCCUGAGGGAAACCGUGGACGGAGCAACAGGCUGGACCAGCCCGAUUCUAACAAAGCUGAUCACCACGAGAGUGGGUAUCGCGGAGAGAAGCCCAGCCUCCCGCCUAGGAACUGUAACCACAAGCUGGAGGGGAAACAGGACCAGAACUGGGCUGCUAACCAUGUCCCUGCCGGCGAACCGCACAAGGUGCUGGCUCCUAUGGCUAUAGAAAUGGUUGUGGUAGAUGCUCCGGAACCCGCAGGCCACAAUGUCAACCGACCGAAGGGCAAGCUGACGAGGGAGAUGUCAUUCGAAACACCACCGGCCACACCACCGACCAGCAGAAAGGAGCUUUCAGGGGAGGUCAGCCCCAGUAGUCCCAGAACGCUGUCCCCUGCCCGCAUGAGUCCUGGGCGUGGAGCAUCAGGAGGCCACACCCCUGCGUCUGUCCGCUCUCAGUCCCCCUCUGCGGGCAGUUCUCACAGCAGCAGUGGGGGAGACUCUAACCUCAAACCUGCCUUCAGCAUCGGCACCAGCUCCCCUAAAGAGGAACCUCUCAGAAUGUCCCCAAAGUCGGGUCGCAAGGAAAGUAGGGGGAGACAACUGCGGACGAAACGAGAGCGUGCAGCAUCUCCAUCACCAAAAGACGUGAUGCCCAUGGCACGUGUGCGGUCAGCAUCAUUACUGGCAGAGCGAACUCACGAAUCCGUGAAGGAAGCAUUGUCGCCGUCGGUGGCUGAGUGUCUUCGGGCGGUAUUUGCAGCUUUUCUGUGGCAUGAAGGCAUCGUCCAUGACGCCAUGGCCUGCGCGUCUUUUCUCAAGUUCAACCCCAACCUGUCGAAGGAAAUGUCCAAGUUUGCUCGUGUGAAAAGUGAUGGUAAAGACAGAGUGAGGAUGAGGCACCCCACAGAUUCAACCCAUGACCGAGGCAAGGACAUCAAAAAGGUGGACAAUCUUAACAUUAACAUCAACGAGAGCAUAGUGCAGCUUUGUUUGGAUCAGGCCAGGGAUAAGAAUGAGGCCAAUGACAAGGCCACGGGCCGUCGACUCCAAUCCUCAUCCUCGGAGUCACCGAUACACCGUUCAGAAGUUUCAGGUGGGAUGAUGAGUCUGCAGGACGUCUACUCCCUAGAGCCAGUCACAGAUAAGGGGCUGGCAGGCAUGGACAAAGAGAGCCAGUUACCGCCUACUCUGCACCAUUUGGUGUACUUUUGGGAAGAGCUGUCCUCUGCUAUACUCAAGGUUGUCAACCAAGACCUGAUCAUACCAAGUCCAGCAGCCAACAUCAAAGUGAAGAAGGGAGAUAAGAAGGAUCGGGAGAAGGAAAAGGAGAAGAAGUCUAAGAAACGGCGAGACCUUAAGCCAAUGGCAAGGGGGAAUCUGUUCGGGGAAGCAGCAGGGGCUGUUGUGUUUGGGCAUCUUGGAGGUGGGGGUGGGGGAGGUGGUGGAGGCGGGGGUGAUAGGGAGACCAUGUGUGAGCUGUGCGGAGGCAUGUACCCCCACCCUGUCACCUACCACAUGAGGCAGUCCCAUCCGGGCUGCGGAAGGCACGCCUGCGGGAAGGGCUACAACAGCGGCGGGAACUUCUGCGGGGGCUGGGCAGGUAACUGUGGUGAGGGCGGGAUUGGGGGCAGCAGCUGGUACCUGAUGUGUGAUAAGUGCCGGGACAAGUACCUCCGCGAGAAAAAGCAGAGCCUGAAAGAGAAAGACCGAAACAAGAAACAGAAGAAGAAAAGCAUGCCCAAACAAACCUCUGUCAUGACUGCGGUGGAAUCUAGUCAUCUAGUGCUGAAAAACAACGCUAUGUUUCUUCUAGAACUGGCUAGUGCUGCUGGCUUGAGCCUGCCUGUACAGUCUCACAAAAAGCGCCAGGGCAUGCAGCGUUCGGACACGUUGCUCCCAAGCGUUAGCGAAGACGGCUGCACGGAGUUGAAUCCUUUCCCACCAAUACCAUUUCAGUACCUGUUGCUGCGCGGAGCAGAAGGAUGUGAUUCAGCAUUUGCUGAGGAGAUAUUUGUUGAUCAGGAGGAGCGAGUGUUCGUGCGCUCAGGCUCGCUUAGCUCAGGGUCCCCCAGGAGAACAGGAUACAGACCGCGCCUAACAACGGAGCCUCAUGGGGCACUGGCUAGGGCCAUUUCUCUGGGACAAGACCUCAAGCCUGUAGUCAGGGUCAGUCCCCUGAGUCCACCAGAACACCCUAAGCCCGCUGUGGUGGAGACCGGCAGACCUAUCCCUAAGAGUGCUGGAACUAGUCCCGACUCGGAGCAUGACCAUGGUAGGAGAUCCAUAUUCCAGCGUAGCAUAUCCGAGAUGGGCGACAACAACUCUGUGGACGCCAACAUGUCGAACAGAGUGGUGAUGACGCGGCGGAGAAAUAACAGCGGAGGGGUUGGAGAUGGCGGGACGUCCUUAUUGAAGUACCCAUCAGCAGCCAUGUCUAAGCUUAUCAGCUCAGUAGACAAGAGCUCUGGCUCCAGUGGUCUAGGAGAUAAGGCAUUACAGAGACCAGUGCUGGCGUUUAUCAUACAGAGACAUGACCUGGACAGUCUACAGCUGGCCAUGAGACAAGCUGUCAGGAAGGCAGCCUGUCGAGUCUACGCCAUGCAGGCGCUGAACUGGCUUAUCCGUGUAGUGACCCACCCGUCCUGUCUUCAUGAUCUACUCUGGUUCUUUGUCUCGUCACUUCUUCCACCGACUGAAGAUGAAGAUGAAGAUGAUAAUGUCAAGGAGAAGAAGGAGAAAAAAGAUGUAGAGGAUAAGGACAUCCGAGUGUGUGAGCACCCGUUGUCUGACAUCACCAUAGCGGGUAAGGCUGCCCACCCCCUGCAACCCACCUUCCACACCCUUUUGCAGACCAUAGCUGACGUCAUGAUGCAUCUUAAUCCCGGCUCCUCGUUACAGCAAAUGGCGGUGCGUUGUUACUGCCUCAAGUUCCAGCAGUCGGACCAUCAGUUCUUACACGAGAGUCAUGUGUUCAGUAACAUCAGCCGUAUCCUCACCAAGUCGGACGAGGAAUCAGAAGAGGCCCUGGAGAGUGACUGGACCACUGGGAAGGUGACAUGUUUGAAGGACCUCACACCAGGUGCUGAUGUGAAGGCGUCAAGUCGGCAGGCUAUGGUGGCUAGUCUCUCAGAUAACUCCACUGAGACAUUCUGGGAGAGUGGAGAUGAGGAUAGGAACAAGACAAAGAUGAUAACUAUAACCUGUGCUCAGAGAACCCAGCCCCACAUGGCCUAUGUCCAUAUAGACAACUCUCGGGAUUUAGGGAAUAAAGUGUCCAGUGUUCAGUUUCUGGCGGGAACAAGCAUAGAUGAGCUCAAGAAGUGCAGACAGCUGGAGAUAGAGGCACGGCACAUUGGCUGGGUAAGCAGCCCUAUCUGUGAGAACAACUGUCGUUACAUCCGGCUGGAGCUGAAGGGACCCGACAACAACCUGCGUCUGCGACAGGUGAAGGUUCUCGGGGAACAGGAAGGGGAGUCACUCCACCUGCCUGUCCAAAAGGGGGCGCUGCUCAUGCAACAGAAGAAUUGUGAGACAGAGACCCUGAAGGUGUUCAGGCUGCUCACCUCACAGGUGUUUGGGAAGCUAUUGUUUAAUGGCCUCUCUGAGGGUGAGGAGAAACAGGCAGAGAGUCAUGAGGCUCCGGGCAUUGACAACGACCUCAAGGAGCAUAUGGUGGGCAUUCUCUUCAGCAGGAGUAACCUCUCACACCUACAAAAACAGGUUUGCGCCCACAUUGUCCAGGCUAUUCGUAAGGAGACAGAGAGGGUGAAGGAGGAGUGGGAGUCUGCAUUCGCCAACAAAAAUAAGACAGUGGAAGAUGAUAACAGAGUGUCUGAUGUGUACUGCUUUGAGCUGUUAUCCAUGGUCCUGGCCCUCAGUGGCUCUGGAGUGGGCAGAACCCAUCUGGCCCAGCAGUAUGGAUUGUUACAAGAUCUCUUCACUUUACUUCACACUGCCACUCCCAGAGUUCAGAGACAGGUGGUGUCUGUCUUAAGGCGUGUUUUGCCAGAGGUCCAACCAGAGAUCUUGGCCACGAUUUUGAAGGUAAACAGUCUACCUCCUGCUGACUUCUCCAUCGUCACGGCCACAAGUCGUGACCAGGCAGACGAGAGUUUUGACCCCGACAAAGUGGGCAUCAUCGACGUGUUCCUGGCUUGUAUAGCCAAGUCCUUGUCUGUCCAGACCAAGGUGAAGAGCAGCGGGGCUCACAAGGGGGUGACCACGGUGUCACUGGCCGAGAGUCUGUCAGAAUUGCCCUCUAUCAGAUCAAAUGGUGCUCGCUGGUGGUUGAGAGGAAACAUGUCAGGGACAUUAGCCACUGGAAUUAUACAGCUUCUGCAGGAUAUGGCCGCGGGUAAGCUAUCUGAGCCGUGGGCAGCUGUGACGAAGGCUGCCAUCGCCGAAGCUAUCCUGGGCCUCACCAAACUAGACGAGGCACAAAGGGUUCCACAGACUUGUAUCAAAACACCUACGCUGUGGCUGGCACUGGCCUCCCUGUGUGUUCUGGACCAGGAGCAUGUAGAGAGACUCUCCUCUGGUCAGUGGAUCAGUCAUCAGGAUGGUCAGCAUGGACAACCAAGACCCACCUGCGAUAACCAUGACGACGAUGUGACACCUGCCAUUAUUCUGUGUAGUGAAUGUGGUAACCUGUGUGCAGACUGUGACAGGUUCCUUCAUCUUCACCGCAAGAAACGCUCCCAUCAGAGACAGGUGUUUAAGGAGGAGGAAGAGGCUAUCCGUGUGGACCUUCACGAGGGGUGUGGCAGGACUAAGCUCUUCUGGGUCAUGGCUUUGGCUGACUCUAAGACACUCAAGGCCAUGGUGGAGUUUAGAGAAGGUAAGGUAAGCAACCCUCCAGGCGGCCCAGGCACCUGUAGAUUCUGUGGCACCUCCAGUAACACAGGACUGCUGGCUAUAGGCAAUGUGUGUGCUGAUCCCGACUGUCAGGAAAAUGCCCGUAAUGCCUGUGCAAAGGUUCACUCCUGUGGUCACCCAUGUGGUGGGAUCAAGAACGAGGAGCCUUGUUUGCCGUGUCUUCACCGCUGUCGCUCCUCAGACCAGGAACUCUUGAAGCAGGACGCAGACGACAUGUGCAUGAUCUGCUUCACAGAGGCUUUGGCUGCAGCUCCAGCUAUAAAGCUGCAGUGUGCUCAUGUUUUCCACAUGAAGUGCUGUCAGAAAGUGCUUGAAAAGCGAUGGGUUGGACCUCGGAUCACAUUUGGUUUUUCCCUUUGUCCAAUCUGCAAAAGUGCAAUCAAACACAAUGUGCUGAAGGAGCUGUUGGAGCCAAUCCGCAGUCUGCAUGAGGAUGUGAGAAGGAAGGCUUUAAUGAGGCUCGAGUAUGAAGGACUACACAAGGCUGAGGCCAUCACGACACCAGGAGCACGAUUCCACAGUGACCCCGCAGGCUUUGCCAUGGACAGAUAUGCUUACUAUGUCUGCUUCAAGUGCAAGAAGGCCUAUUACGGGGGUGAGGUGAGGUGUGAUGAGCAGGCGGGGGUAGGGGAUGAGUAUGACCCCCGGGAAUUGGUGUGUGGAGCCUGCUCAGAUGUCUCACGGGCACAGAUGUGCCCCAAACACGGCACGGAUUUCCUGGAGUAUAAAUGUCGCUACUGCUGCUCUGUGGCUGUCUUCUUCUGCUUCGGCACAACGCACUUCUGUAACGCCUGUCACGAUGAUUUCCAGCGAGUGACAAACAUCCCCAAACAUGAACUGCCUCACUGCCCGGCAGGUUCCCGAGGCAAACAGUUGGAGGGAGAGGAAUGUCCCUUGCAUGUCCAGCACCCACCCACAGGUGAGGAGUUUGCUCUGGGCUGCGGGGUCUGUCGUAACGCCCACACCUUCUGAGCCAAGGGUCACAUCAUCACACCAACACGUUCUCAGAGAUCACAUCCUGAUCCACUCGUCCUCACUUGGUGGCCAAAGUCCAAAAGCUUGGCCUGAUCCAUACCUCAAUGGCAGUGUUUGUCAGGGAUUUUUGGUGGUUUUUGGCAGUGCAUGAAACAAGUCAGAGAUGAUGGAGAAAAUAGUUUUCUGGCCUUACGCAUGCAGUGGAAUUUAUGAACCCAUUCAUCCCCAAACAGAAGAGUAUUGCAUACUUGCAAAGAAAAAUCUGCUGGUUUUUACAACUGUCAGAUUCACACUUUGUGGUUUCUGAUUCCAUGAACCACAGUUAUCAUGUUUAGUGGAAACUGUCAGAU